CUCAGUUAGGAAACGCAAGGUCACAUGGAUGAUUUAAAUGGAACUGCUGUGUAACAAUGCUGUCAUUCUUUAGGCAUUUUAUAACUUGGGCAAAUAAUAAACCUCUAUUACAGUAAUGGUACUGUAUUAUGUACAAUGAAAUGGAGCGCUGUAAUCAAGAAGGCUGACACCACCGUCCAUCUACCUUGAGAGUCCAUAGAGCCUUGAAACCGAUCACUUGUGUUUUUGUGUUUAUUACCCGCCACGCCAUGGUACGCCACAGCAAGCUACAGAUGCAGAUCUUAUCACUGUAUCGGCAGUUUCUGCGUGCUGCAGAGGAAAAGCCGGGCUUCAUACCGAGAAUACGGGAUGAAUUCCGUGCCAAUGCUUCAAUAAAGAAGACUGAUGUCAUGCACAUAGAAUAUCUGUAUCGGCGUGCCCAACGCCAACUUGAACUGCUGAAAGAUGUCAACACUAAACAGCUAGGAGCUUUCAGCAAGUCUAAAGAGGACCGUUGACCAUUCAUAAAAUUGUCUGUCGGCCACAAAGAACAGAAGUGCAAAGAUACAGAUUGGUCUAUGGGAAUUUGCUUCCCUGCUUUAGUUAUACAAAUAAUGAAGGGAUCAGUGAAACUUUUACUUAUCUCAGGAAAUCAAGCAGAAGCAUGGGAUAUUUGGGGAUAAUUUAUAUUUUUAGCAUGUUGCUUGUGUCAGUUCACUGUAAGAUUAAAUGCUGAUUAUUUGCAGCUAUAUCAGUAUUCUCGCUUUCCUUUGCCUCCAAACUCCUGUGGUUACUGUAUGAAAACAGUGUCCUUUGUAUGUACAUGGGUAUACUGGAUCUACCAUGUACUGUGAGUCAGUGUAAUGGAGUGUCUAAGAUUUGUUCUGUUAACACUUCACUGUGUGGCACUGCAUAAAUUGAUUUAACAACAAACAUUUAUUAACCUUCUAGGCACAUUGUUAAUAUGGUGCUGUAAUACUAUUUAUUGUCUUCAUGUAGACAUUUUGAUCCUUGACCCAUUUCAGGGUAAAAGUUGCAAAUAAAAGUUGCAAAUUUCAAAGUAAAAUCAAUAAUGAAUGUGCAAUUACUUGGUUUAUCAUUUCUCUUUUUCCCCACAACUGCAAGUCAGUAAAAUCAAAACAACAACAUUACGUUACAUUAUUUAUUUGCAAUUUCCUAUUAGGU